AUGACAAAGGAAAAUAAGGUAUUCUUGGUGUGGUUACACCCACUUUCGCGAGACUGUAAUAAAGUAGAACCCACUGUAGCAGAUGAAGCCGCGGCACCAGACGCGCCGGCGCCCCCUGACCCUGUGGCCCCCGCGGAACCCUUGCUUCCAGAUGAAACUUUGGCCCCAGGUGACACUGUGAAUCUAGAAGACCCCGCGGUUCCAGAAGAGCCCACUGCCCCAGAGGAACCCGCCGUCCCAGCCGAUCCCACUGUCCUAGUGGAACCCGCGGUUUCAAGUGAACCCACUUCCCUGGAGCAACCCGCGGUUCCAGCCGAUUCUACUACCCCAGAGGAACCCAUUGUCCCAGACGAAUCAAUUGUCCCAGAGCAACCCGCGCUUCCAAGUGAACCCAUUGUCCCAGAGCAACCCGCGGUUCCAGAAGAUCCAGCGGCCCCCGCUGAGCCCUCGGCGCCAGAAAAGCCCGUAACCCCGGACGAGCCAGUAAUUCCAGACACCCCAAGCGCCGCCCGAGGAGCCUGCGCGGCCGACCCGCCCUCGGCCGCCGGCGCGCCCUCAGCGCCCACGAGGCCAGAGAGGCCCUCUCGCCCCCAGGGAGAGCUGACUGCCGAAGCAGACUUGUGUGAUUUCGGGUCGAGUCCUGACGUGUCGCUCUGUGAUUGGUCCAACCUGAACGUGACGCAGCUGCAGUGGCAAGCGUCGCAGGGACAGAGCGCCUUCUGGCUGGGCGGCCCGCAGGAGGAUGUGUCCUACGGCGAUGAUCUGGGCGGGUACGCCGUGUUCGAGACGUCGCAGGUCCCACAGAAGACGAUCGGCGGAAGCAACUUCGAGUCAGCGAUGUUGAUGUCGGCGAUCAGACCCACCACAGGGCCCAAGGGAAUGUGCGUCAAAUUCUGGUACUCGAUUGGUGGUCUGAGUCCCGACCGCCUUCGGGUGCUCCUCCACCCGAUGCCCGAGGACAUGAGCAAGGACGAUAUGGACGAGAUGAUGCUGGGCUACGACGGCAGCGACGACGUGGUGUUGUGGGAGGCACGCGACAUGACCCUGGGCGACUGGAAGGAGGGCCAAGUCGUCUACACCUUCGACCAGAGGCAUUCGGUGAUCUUCGAAGGCAUCCCAGUGGACAGCAACGACCUGAGCAGAAGGUUUCGGGGCUUCAUCGCCAUCGACGAGCUCUCCUUCGCCGACUCGAGUGAGUGCGGCGCCUUCUGCACGUUCGAGGGCGGCAUCUGCGGCUGGUCACAGGACUCCAAGGACGACUUCGACUGGACACAGAGCCGCGGCAGCCUCAACCCCUCCACAGGGCCGCCGAGGGACCGCUCCUCCUUCGCCAACAACGGAAUGAUGGGAGGUUACGCCUUCAUCGACUCCAGCUACCCAAGGAGGCCGGGAGACAAGGCCCGACUCAUGAGCCAGGAGUUCCAAGGCACCAACCCGGACAGCCCCCUUUGCAUGCGCUUCUGGACGCACAUGUUCGGCAACGGCAUCGGCUCCCUCCGCGUCAUCCUGUUCGACGUGAACACAGACGAAGACAAAGUUAUCUGGCAGAUCUCUGGUGAGGCUGGAAAUGCGUGGUACCAAGGCCAGGUACCCAUUGCCUCCCCAACGCCCUUCAAGAUCGUGUUCGAGGGCGUCGUGGGAGCCAACAACUUAGGAGACAUUGCUAUCGAUGACAUUUCCAUCAUCCAGGGCGCGUGUCCUAGCGCACCUCAAGUGGCGGCCGGGAACAACGGCGACUGCACCUUUGAAGUGGACGAGUGCGGAUGGACGAACCCGGGCCCGAGAGAGCGCGCGGACGAGAUCGACUGGGUGCGGACGGUCGCUGCGGACAAUCGGGCUCCGUCACGUGACCACACCAUCGGCACGGCGCAAGGAUUCUACAUGACUCUCCCCCGAGGGUCUGUGCAGCGCGGGGGCGACCGGGCUUGGUUCGUGUCGACCCCCAUCAAGGGUUCCGCGGACCCCAUGUGCAUCGCCUUCUGGUACUUCAUGUAUGAACCAUUUAUCGACCCAUCCGGUCCGUCUCUCGGCUCCCUGAUGGUCUACCUCAGCUACGAGAAGGACGGGACCUUGUUUCUGGAGCCCGUGUGGUCGCUCAAGAACCACCAGGGCCCCAACUGGAUGUACGGCCAGGCCAGAGUGCAGUAUGAUGAAGACUUCUUGGUGGCAUUCGAGGGCACUUGGGGCAGCAGUCGAGGCAAUGGCUUCAUGGCCCUCGAUGACAUAACGCUCUUCACCGGUGACUGCUCUAGUAAGAGGGUCUUCCUGUUAUCAAACUUAUGA